AUGAGUAGUCAUUCAAAUACCAAUCCAUAUUUUAAAACAUCAAUAUUUUGGAAGCUCUGUUGUGUUUAUGAUCACAUUGUUGUUCAUACAUUAAUUAGAUAUUGUUCUACUACUACGAAUGAAUUUUGGGAUGCCUUAAGAGAUAUAUUAGAUGCAUCAGGAAUAUUAUAUAGCGUUUUAGCUGAUGAAUUACAAGAAGAAGUUAUAAACACAAAAGAGGUUCAUACAUUAUUUAGAGUUAAUAGUGGACCAACAUCAUUAUUAUCUGCUGUUUUAAGAAAAGAAUUAACACCAUUAAUGGAAAAGUAUAUUAAUCCAAUUAUUCAUUCAUGUAAUUCAACUGAAAUUCAUAUAGAUUCAACAGAUGAAACAAUUAAAAGUAAAUCUAUUGAAACAAUAAAUAAAUAUAUUGAUAUUCAUACAACUCGUUUCUUACAAAUGGCAUCAGAAUUUCCAGAAAAUUUAAAAUCAAUAUUUGGAAUUAUUAAAGAAGUUGUAGAAGAAAAUUUUCAAGAAGAAGGUGUUUCACAACAAAUUUUAUCAGCAUUAUUUUUCCAUAAAAUUAUUACACCUGCAAUUGUUACACCAUCUAAAUUUUGUAGUGCUAUUUCAAUUCCUACUGAUAAAGGUAAAUCUGUUUUAGUAUUACUUUCAAAAAUAUAUCAAACAUUUGUUAAUCAAUGUGAUGAGCCAUUCCCUAAAACAAUGGAUUUGAAUGUAUUUAAUAGUACUAUUGUCAAUUCAUAUCCAAAAAUUAAUGAAAUGGUUAAUAUUCUUAGUAGUAAUUCUACAUUACCUGAAUAUCAUUUUAAUAAGGUUGUAUCAUCUCAAUUACUUUUAAGAAAAGUACCACCAAUUUUAAGUACAUUAGAAACAAUGAAACCAGCUGCUAUGGUUACUAUUAUACAACCAUUUAUUGAUAUUGGAUUUAAAAAUUUAGCAGAGAAUUUAUUAGCAUUAACAAGUAUUAAUAUUUAUCAAAAAGAACUUGCAAAAUUAGAUUUAAAGAAACCAAAAGAUGUUGGUAUUUUCUUUGAUGAAACUGAAGAAGCAUGUUAUAAUUCUGUUAUUACUGGAUAUGAAGAUACCAUUAAUUUUUAUCAAAAAAGAAUUAAUACAUUAACAGAAGAAAUCUUUAAAUUAAACCAAAUUAUAGAAAAAUUUGAUGCACCAUCAUCACCACGAUCAUUCACUAUAUGUUGUGAUAGAUCACCAUGUUCUUCCCAACCACAACAACCAAUUUGUUCACCAAAGAGAUCUAAAACACCAUCAUGUGAAGAACAAGGACAAACAACAAUACAAAAAAUUCAAGAAUUACAUUUACCAAGUGAACUUAAUGAUGAAUUAAGAAAUAGAUUUAUCACACUUACUUCUAAAGAGAAUCAAAUUGUUGAAUUUGUUAACAAAACAGAAAGUGUUUCUGUUUUAUCUAAAAGUGAUAAGUUUAUAACAGUUUAUGUUAAAGCUACUAAAACUAAAUUAAAAGAUGAAUGUCCUAAAAUUGCACAAAAAGAUAAAGACAAAGAAAAAAAAGAUAAAGAUAAGAAAGAUAAGGAUAAAGCAGUUGCUAAAUUAAAGAAAUCAUGUUUAGAACAAUUAAAAGAAGCACAUGAAAAUCGUAAUUCAUUACUUCAACAUAUUGAUGAUCCUAAAUUAAUGCAAAGAAUUUUUGCAUUAGUGAAUAUUCUUGAUGAUAUUAUUUACGUAUUAAAUAAUUAA